AUGGCGGAAUCACUGCAAUCCCUCGUUUCUCUUUCUGAAUUGGUUACUACUUCAUCCACUAACCAACGACUUCGAAUUUUCCAGCGUGAAGUCCCUGCGUUUUUGAAUUCAUCCGUUUCAGAUGAUGUGGCCCCAGAGCUUGCUUCGUUGUUAACUGAUAUUAUAUUUAGAACGGUUGCGAUUUACGAUGAUCGUGGAUCGAGAAAAGCGGUUGAUGAUGUAAUUGUGAAGGCUUUGAGUGGUACGGUUUUUAUGAAGACUUUUGCAGCAGCACUUGUUCAGAGCAUGGAAAAGCAGAUGAAGUCUCAAUCUCAUGUUGGCUGCUUCAGACUUAUCAGUUGGUCGUGUUUACUGUUGAGCAAGAGCAAGUUUUCUACCGUUUCGAAGAAUGCUUUGUGUAGAGUAGCUACAGGGCAAGCUUCUUUACUUAAUAUUGUUUGGCGAAGAUCUUUUCGUGAAAGAACGGCUUGCAAGAAAAAGAUUUUUCAUUUAUUUUCUAAGUCACCAGAUAUUUAUAAAGUCUAUGUACAAGAAGUGAAAAAUGGCUUAAUUCCUUAUAAGGAUAGUCCGGAGUUAUUGUUGUUGUUGUUGGAGUUCUCAACUAGAUCACCACCUUUAUUUGGAGAAUUCAAGCCCACAUUUCUUGAUAUUUAUGUUAAUGCAAUAUUGAGUGCAAAAGAAAAGCCUGGAAAGAGUCUCCCUGAAGCAUUUCAUCCACUGUAUUUGCAAAUAUCACAUGAAGAUUUUGGAAUUAUUGUUUUGCCGGCCGCUGUUAAAAUGCUUAAGCGCAACCCGGAGAUUGUGUUGGAGUCUGUUGGAAUUCUUUUGAAGUCAGUUAACCUUGAUUUGAGUAAGUAUGCUGCGGAAAUUCUUUCGGUAGUACUAGUGCAGGCUCGGCAUGCUGAUGAAGGGAGAAGGGGCGUCGCAUUAGCUAUAGUCAGGAGUUUGAGCCAAAAAUCAAGCAAUCCAGAUGCGGUGGACACAAUGUUCAAUGCUAUCAAAUCUGUUAUUAAAGGUUCAGAAGGAAGACUCGCUUUUCCAUACCAGAGAGUUGGAAUGGUGAAUGCGAUUCAAGAAUUAUCUAAUGCACCUGAUGGGAAAUACCUCAUCAUUUUGUCUCAAACAAUAUGUGAUUUUCUUUUAUCAUGCUACAAGGAUGAUGGAAACGAAGAGGUUAAAAUGGCUACUUUGUCAGCUAUAGCUUCCUGGGCUGUUAAAUCUUCAAAUAUUAUUCGAGAGAGUUUAGUUUCUUUUUUCGCAUCUGGUCUCAAAGAGAAGGAAAUUUUAAGAAGGGGUUUUCUGCGGAGUCUACACGUUAUAUGCAAAAAUGACGAUGCUGUCUUAAAGAUAUCAUCAUUGCUUGGCCCUCUUGUCCAACUUGUAAAAACUGGCUUUACCAAAGCGGUGCAACGUUUAGAUGGCAUAUAUGCAUUGUUAUUAGUUGGGAAGAUAGCUGCCGUUGAUAUUAAAGCUGAGGAAAUAUUGGUAAAGGAAAAAGUAUGGGCUACUAUAUCACAAAAUGAACCUUCCCUCGUUCCCAUUUCCACGGCAUCAAAGCUAACAGUUGAAGAUAGCAUUGCAUGUGUUGAUCUUCUUGAAGUGCUUCUUCUCGAACAUUUACAGCGUACAUUAUCCAGUUUCUCAGUCAGAUCGCUGUUACAGUUAAUCAUAUUUUUUAUAUGCCAUCCGAGGUGGGAUAUUAGAAGAAUAGCUUACAAUGUUACUAAGAGGAUUAUAACUUCUGUCCCGCAAUUAUCUGAAGAUCUUUUCUCUGAAUUUUCAAAGUAUCUUUAUUUGAUUGAAGAGAAACUUUCAGCUUUAAGAACAAGUGACACAGAUAUUUCUUUGGACCCUCAAGUUCCAUUUGUUCCAUCUGUAGAGGUUUUGAAAACACUACAUGUGAUAUUCAUUAACUUUCCUAAGCUCCACAUAUCUGAAGCAGCGACCCUUUGCAUCCCUCAUUUGGUGGGGGCACUUAAAUCUGGUGGUGAAGUGGCUCAAGACUCUGUGCUUGACACGUUUUUCUUGCUAAAACAAUCAUGGUCGACCAUGCCAUUAGAUAUAGCAAAAUCUCAAGCGAUGAUUGCCGCCGAAGCCAUUCCCAUAUUGCAAAUGAUCAUGAAAACCUGCCCACCAAGUUUCCAUGAGAGGGCAGAUACUCUUCUGCAUUGCUUACCAGGUUGUUUGACUGUGACCAUUAAACGUGGAAACAACCUCAAGCAAACAAGGAAGACAACAAUCAACAUGUGA